UAGACUUCCCUAACCUGGGAAAAAAAGUGACCAUUCACUUUAUCUAUGCCCCUCCUGAUUUUAUAAACCUCUAUACAAUCACCCCUCAGUCUCCUUCACCAGCCCCAGCCUACCCCGUCUUUCCUAAACAGCUCAAGCCCUCCAGUCGCCACAACUUGUUCUGCAACCUCUCUAGUUUAUCUCAUCCUUGCCGGUCUCUCGCUUCACCAGCUGAUUCCGACCUCAGAACAAACCAGCAGUCUCUCGGACUGCGUGUCAAGCGGGUGGGCAGGUUAAAACGCAAAUGAUUUCAAACCAGUUCGUAAGUUAAAGCGGCAUAUUCCCAACACACAGCCCGAUGUCGGACUCCAGCACCCGGUCCCUGCUCAGUCCGGCCCAGUACGUCUUGCUGAAUUAAGGCAGAGUUCCGCCGGCUGCGGUAGAGUUUGCCCAACUCUUGAUUGUCCUGAAUGCAAACAGGCAGGCGGCCGUGGUCAUCUCAGGAACAGCCCUCGCCAAGCAGGUUCGUGAUGAGGUGCGGAGAGAGCUGGAGGAGUGGGUGUCUCUCGGGAACAUGCGCCCUCAGCUCAGCGUUGUCCUGGUGGGGGAUGACCCUGGCAGCCACACGUACGUGAAGAAUAAAACCAAAGCUGCAGCUUCAGUAGGCAUCAUCAGUGAAACCAUUCUACGACCUGCCAGUGUGUCACAGGAAGAACUUCUGGAAAUAAUUGAGAAGUUGAACCGGGAUCCGAAGGUCACUGGGCUGCUGGUUCAGCUCCCUCUGCCUGACCACAUUGACGAGCGUUCCGUCUGCAACGCUGUAGCUCCGGAGAAGGACGUGGAUGGGUUUCAUGUGGUCAACGUUGGAAGGCUCUGCUUAGAUCAGCAGGCAAUUCUCCCAGCCACCCCCGCAGGGGUCUGGGAGAUGAUUAAAAGGACAGGGAUCGAGACAUUUGGUAAGAACGUGGUGGUUGUGGGGAGGUCAAAGAACGUCGGGAUGCCCAUUGCAGUUCUCCUUCACUCCGACGGAAGGCACGAGAGACCCGGCGGCGAUGCCACAGUGACCAUCACCCACAGGUUCACACCCAAGGAGCAACUGAUGGCUCACACUCUUCUGGCAGAUAUCGUCAUCGUGGGUGCAGGGAUUCCGAAACUGAUUACUGCUGAUAUGAUCAAGGAGGGAACAGUUGUAAUAGAUGUUGGCAUCAAUCGUGUACAGGAUCCUGUAACAGGAAAGACCAAGUUGGUGGGAGAUGCUGACUUUGAAGAGAUCAAGAAGAAGGCCAGUUACGUCACCCCUGUGCCUGGUGGAGUGGGCCCGAUGACCGUUGCAAUGCUCAUGAAGAACACUCUAAUUGUGGCCAAGAAGUCAGUAAACUACUGAGGAUGAACCCGUCAUCAGCUGAUGCAGUCCCUCUCCCUCUGUGGAGCACAGUUUAAUUUAUUAUAUAAGAGAUAUUUUUGUUAACUGCAUUUAUUUAUAUUUGCUGCAAGCUAUCACGUGUAAAGUUUACUUCAUAUUGUCUUCUGGAGGUGUGGACGCCUAGCGACAGCCACCACCCCUGCUGCGGGUCAUUGCAUCCUUCUACAUGUUGGGCUCAGUCAUUCAUGCGAGCAUUGUCUUUCACAAGGUGGCCACCUCCUCAACCCUGCACGCGAGGGCUCCAGUUUCCUUCAGCAUGGGUUGGUAGGUUAAUUGGGUGUGGUAACUUGCCCCUAGUGUGUGAGUGAGGGGUGGAAUCUGGGGUUGUUGGUGGGAGUAUGGAAGAGUAAAAUAGGCUGGGUGUGAAUGGGUAGUUGAUGGUCAGCACAGGCGAUGGGCUGAAGGGCCUGUUUCUUUGCUGUGUGACACAGUGACUGGUUGUUUAGUUGAAGUUGCUGUGACAUUAAUUAGCGUUUAUAAAGCUCCUUUACCCUGGUAAAACAUCACGGCAAUAUUAUUUUGCAAUGUUUGGCAGGGGCUACAGAAAGAGAUAUUUGGACAAAUAAACAAAAUCCUGUUUGAGGAGACAAGGACACUGCUGGAGGGAAUGCUAAGCUGUGGGCUUUGCAGUGGCUGCCACUGUUUAAAUUCAGGGGUCACUGAGAAGGUAAAUCUGGGGAAGAGUGUGUUUGUAAACAAACUCAUCUAUGAGGGUUUGUGGUUUCCCUAAAGCUUGUGGUAAUCCGAUUGAGUGAUUGGUAGUUUAGAUAGAAUAUUGAAGGAGUUAAGAUAGUUACAGAGUAUCAGAAGCUCCUGUGUUUAUGCAAUUGUCUGACAUUGAAUCCCACAAUAGGACAGUGAUGUUACUUGGAGAGACUGGAGAAGAUGGGUUGUUCUCCUCAGAGCAGAGGAGGUCAAGAGAUGUGAUGUUGAUGGUCAACUGUGAAACGGUUUGCUGUUAAUAAAUGAGGAGAAGCUGUUGAGAGAGAUGGAGGGAGAGGGAGAAACACAGAAGCUAAGGAGUGAUUGAUGAGAGGGAGGACCAGAAGGGAGAGGCAAAUGUCUUUAUCCUGAGAGGGUGGAAACGGGUUCAAUUUCGUAGAUAUUUGAAGAGCAGAGCAGUGGUGCAGCAGGUAGUGUUGCUCUGUCACCACUCCAAUGAUCCGGGUUCAGUCCUGCCCUCUGAUUCUAUCUCUGUGGAGUUUGCACGUUCUCCCUGUGACAUGAGCUUCCCCGGGUGCUCUGCGUUUCCUCCCAAGUCCCAAAGACGAGCAGAUCGGUUGAUGUACCUGCUGUAAGUUACUUCCUAGUGCAGGUAGGUGAUAGGGAAUUGAUGGGGUUAUGAGAGAGAAUUAAUUACAGGGAAAACAAUAGGAGGGAAAUUGGAAUUUUCUAGGAGCUAGUAUAGGCUUAACUGGCCUUUACUGUUGUGAGAACAGAAAUAUUUGAAAGGUGUUAAGGAUAUGUUAGGGAGAGAGACUACACGGAUUGCUUGAAGAGCUGGCAUUGAUCUGAUAGGCAUCCUGUGAGGAUGGACUGAACAAAAACUCAAUCCACCACCAAUUUCUAAUGAAGACAGGAACAGAUUGACCUUUAUUUCCGUUUAGGUUUUAGGGAACCAUUCGAGUAGUCUGCUGACUGACUUCUCACCUUUUUCUCCUUUACAUAAGAAGUCAUUUUCAUUUUUGUCUGUGCCCUACCAUGCACUCGAUCCAUUGCCCCAGCCAUUUGUAGAGCUCGAUGUCCUCUCCUCUCCCCACCUCUGUGAUCUCCUCCAGCUCUAGAACCCUUUGAACUCUCAGUACCCUAUUUUCCUCGUCUUGGUGCAUUGCAGAUGUUAAGUGUCCUCAGAGAGUUAUAUGUUGAAACAGGGUUGUUCAUUAAUUGGUAAAUACCAGCACCAAUAAUGGUACUUGCCCAGGCUGUUCUGACAAAACCUCCCAGACUUCUGGGGCAGGGCAGGGGCAGUAGGUGAAGGGGAACACCACGACCAACAGAUGUAUACCAUCCUGCACUGGAAAUAUUCUGCCAGUCUUUCAUCACCAAUGGGUCUCAUUCCCAUAGGAGCUGAUCACCAAAUGUUGGCCUUCAGUCAUGAGGAAGAUGGGUAU